AUGAUAACCAGCAGUACGUUAACAAAAUCAGGAAUUGACCGUGGCAAGCCCGUCGUGCAGCAAGUGGGCACCCUGGGACAGGACUACUGGACCUGGGUGCACGAGCCUGAGGCAGGUCAGCCGCGCUUCUUCAGCAGCACGGUCGUAGAGGCUUGCUCAAAGACGGCCUGGUGGGUCGUCCCUGUUUUAUGGUUGCCCCUUUUCACAUACUGCCUCAUCGCAUCUGUGAUGGCAUAUCACACGCCACUACCCAUGGCGAUCUCGCUUGCGCUGCUAGGCGUCCUUGGCUGGCAGCUCCUGGAGUACAUCAUACACAGGUUCAUAUUUCAUGCGGAGUUCAACUCUCGCCUCGGAAUAACGUUUCACUUCCUCUUCCAUGGGUGCCAUCACAAGUACCCCAUGGAUAAGCUGCGGCUGGUGUUCCCGCCAGUGCCCGCGGCCGUUGUCGUAUCGGCGGUGUACUGCAGCCUUGCGUUGACUUUACCAUAUGGGACAGCGCUAGCUACGUUUGCGGGCAUGGGUUACGGCUAUGUCGCGUACGACUGCUUGCACUACAUGGUGCAUCAUGUGCCAGGAAGCUCGUUGCCGGGGCCGCUGCUCCGCGACCUAAAGCGGCGCCACAUGCACCAUCAUUACAAGGACCAUAGUAAAGGCUACGGAAUUAGCUCCGUUCUUUUUGACAUCUUGUUUUUUACGCAAUCAAUUUGAGAAGGAUUGUGCGAGCGGUCGAGGGCGUCGAUGGGAGGGUUGGAGACAGGCUUGGAGACCAGUCCGUCCGUGGGGCGCCAAGGGCAAAAGU